AUGGUGACUACUGCAUCCGCAGCCGGUCCAGUCCAUUCGGUCUUCACCGCGAAUCAGAAACGAUUUAUAGUCUUCAUGGCCUCGUGGGCAGGGUUCUUCUCCCCUGUCUCCGGCCAGAUAUACUUUCCCGCCUUGGUCCCCCUAGCGAACGACUUGCACGUUUCCGCCUCUCUCAUCAACCUGACGUUGACGUCCUAUAUGAUUUUUCAAGGCCUCGCCCCGACGUUUGUGGGAGAUUUCGCAGACGCUGCUGGACGGCGUCCUGCAUAUGCUGUUUGCUUCAUUGUUUAUCUUGUGGCGAAUAUCGGCCUCGCAUUACAAGACAGUUAUGCUGCUCUUUUCGUCCUCCGAUGCGUUCAGAGCACAGGUAGCAGCGCCACCAUCGCCAUGUGCAGUGCCGUGGUGUCCGAUGUCGCUACUGCCGCCGAAAGGGGCAAGUACAUGGGCUUCACACUCGCUGGGUCGCUGCUAGGCCCUGCCAUCGGACCUGUCAUUGGUGGUGUCCUGGCUCAAUUCCUUGGAUGGCGUGCUAUAUUCUGGUUUCUGACAAUCAUGGGUGCAACGUUUUUGAUCAUUUUUGCAAUCUUCUUUCCCGAAACAGCGCGCAAUCAAGUCGGAAACGGAUCCAUACCGCCCAAGGGUUGGUCUAUGUCUUUGAUGAAUUACCUGGCCAUCCGAAAGGCUCGAAAGCUCGGUCAAGAUCAACAAUUCACAGAUGAAGCUCAAGGCGUCACUUCGCCGAAGAAAAAGACCGGGUUUCGCUUUCCCAAUCCUCUUCGUUCAAUGGCACUGAUCUUCGACAAGGAGAACUCUCUCCUGCUUUUCUACAACGCCUUCCUCUUCGCUUCCUUCUACGAUGUCACAGCUUCGAUACCAACACAGUUCGAGGAAAUAUACAAUUUCAACGUGCUCCAAAUUGGUCUCUGCUACAUUCCCUUCGGAUUUGGGUCCAUGUGUGCAGCACUGGUCAAUGGUCAACUGUUGGACCGCAACUUUGCCCGCUGGUGCAAGAGACUUGGGGUCAAGAUCAGGAAGGGACGGAAUCAAGACCUGAGCGACUUCCCCAUUGAGAAGGCGAGACUACAAAUUGCAAUUCCAGCUUCGUAUAGCGCAGCGAUUCUGGUGUGCAUAUUCGGUUGGAUUAUGGAUGUGAACGGCCCCCUCGCCGCCAUACUGGUGGUGCUUUUCUUUGCGAGUUUCAGCAUGUCCAUUGCUUUCAACGUGACGAGUACACUGCUUGUCGACUUCUACCCGACGGCGCCGGCUACGGCCACAGCAGCGAACAAUGUCGUCAGAUGUCUCUUGGGGGCUGGUGCUACGGCUGCGAUCAUUCCGAUGAUUGAGGCUAUGGGAAGAGGCUGGACGUUUACGUUCUUGACGUUGUUCCUGAUUGCUACGUCGCCGAUGCUCUGGAUUGUGUAUUUCCGUGGGAUGACGUGGCGAGGUCAACGGAACGCGAGAGAAAAGAAGGCCCGGGAGGCCAAGGAGGAAAAGCUGAGGAGGAAGAGCGGAGGUGAGAGUGGUUCUCCGCUGCCAGAGGAUACUGUGGGUGGGCAGGAGAAGACACCCAUGGGUGGCAACCUGCCGGAGAUGGUUGGCAUUGUUGAAAAAGAAAAGGAAGAGAAUCAAGUCGCAAACGAGUCAGGAGAAACGAUUGACAAGGAUCAUGAAGGUGUUCGCAAUGACACUGAACAUGAGGGUCACGACGGGCUGUAUAGGACCUUGUCAUAUCAUUCUGAGUACUGA